AUGUUUAGCAGCCAGAACACCGCUUUCGGGUUCAAUUUAAACGAAGAUAAAGAAGAAUUUGAAGGUGAGAGAGAGAACAAUUCAGAAGAAGAAAUUCCCAAAGAUGCAUUAUUUGAGAAGCCAUUGACUCCUAGUGAUGUGGGCAAGCUAAACCGUCUUGUUAUACCAAAACAACACGCUGAAAAAUACUUUCCGCUCAACAGCGGUGACUCGGGAGAUAAGGGUUUUCUAUUGGGAUUUGAGGAUGAACUUGGAAAAUCAUGGAGGUUCCGCUACUCUUACUGGAACAGUAGUCAAAGCUAUGUAUUAACAAAAGGCUGGAGCCGUUUUGUUAAGGAAAAAAAGCUUGAUGCUGGUGAUAUUGUCCUUUUCCAGCGCCACCGUUUGGAUUGUACCCGGCUUUUCAUAGGGUGGAAGCGAAAAAACGCUUCUCCACCACCGGCUACGGUUGCCCUUGGUGGUGGCGGUGGAGGUAGUGGUAGUGGGUGGACCCAAUUCUACUCUGGCCAUCCUUAUCUGACCCAGCAACAAGGGAUUACUCUCCCGUACCAACCUGACUGUCUUCAUGCAGGAUCAGCAAUGCAGAAUCAUACAACAAGCAGUGGGAACCCCAAGAAGCUAAGGUUAUUUGGGGUGAACAUGGAAUGCCAAGCAGAAGAACCCGAGCCCGAACCCAAGCCUGAGUUGUCAGCACUUGGUGGUUCACCCAUGUCGAGCCAGGGUCAAGUCCACUACCCUCAACCUCGUAACUACAGUUACAUGGGUCUGGGGGGAAAGGGUAGAAAAUUAGAAAUGAAGGUGAAACUUGAAAGAGACUUGCGUGGCAAUGGGUCCCACAAUAAACAUGAAACUAACGUGAUCAGGUCCAACAGGGAAGCAUAUGAACAUUGUACAAACAUGUUUCCAUUUGCUACUGUAGAGAUUCUGCAUCAAAAUUAUAUUGCAAUGGCAGGUGGAAAAAAAAGUUACUUUGCCAGUGGUAGUGUGGUACUUGGCAAACUCGACCUUCUCUACAAUGCGAUUCUUUUUAUUUUUUGA